AUGUUGUUCUCACUCCUCACUGCGGGUCUGUCUCUGGCUUCGGCCGUACAAGGAUCGACCAUUCCCAAGAAGAGGGCUACUGUUUGUAAUGGCCAUGCUGAGCUGUGCGACCGCAGCUACGGCAAUGUGACAUACAUAGGAGCUCACGAUUCUUUUGCUUAUAGUACAGACCCCGUUGCAUUGGCCAGAGAUCAAGAAGUUGAUGUGCCCACACAGUUGAGCUUGGGCGUCAGACUCCUACAAGCUCAGGCCCAUGAUAACAAUGGCGUUCUCCACUUCUGCCAUACCAGCUGCAUUCUCUUUGAUGGAGGAACUGUUGAAAGUUACCUUACCAAUGUGACGACAUUCCUUGAAGCCAACCCUAACGAAGUCCUCACACUCCUGUUCACCAACCCCGAGGGCCAAUCUCUCCCUGAUCAGUGGGCGCCGGCUUUCGUAAACUCUGGCGUGUCUAAGUACGCUUACGUUCCUCCUCACCUGCCGAUGAAGCAAAGCGAAUGGCCCACGUUGGGAGAUAUGAUCGAUAGCGGGAAGAGAGUAGUGAUAUUCUUGGAUGCUGGUGCUGACGGAAGCGAUGGAGGAGUUGUUGACUACAUUCUUCCUGAAUUCGAUAUGAUCUGGGAGACACCAUUCAGCGUCACUGAUUCUACCUUCCCAUGCUCCGUGAACCGCACUAGCGGAAACCUGUCUGCUGCUGACCACAUGUACAUGAUCAACCACUCUUUGAACAAGGAUGUGUUUAGCACGGGUGUCAUUAUCAGCGAUCCGAUAGAUGCUCCAACAACCAAUGGCGUUCCUUCUAUAAUGGCCAACGCAAACGGUUGUGCACCCCUUGGAGGAAACACAUACCCCAACUUCGUGCUGCUCGAUUUCAUUGAUUUAGGUGAUGCCUUCACGGCUGCAGACCAGAUGAACGGUUUUAGCUCUUAG